CGUGUGGCGCGCGCCGGAAGCGGCCCCGCGGCCGGAAGUGGGCCGAGAGCGCCGCGGGCCCGAGAUGAAGCCGGCCGUGGACGAGAUGUUCCCCGAGGGCGCCGGGCCCUACGUGGACCUGGACGAGGCGGGAGGCAGCACCGGGCUCCUGAUGGACUUGGCAGCCAAUGAAAAGGCUGUUCACGCAGACUUUUUUAAUGAUUUUGAAGAUCUCUUUGAUGAUGAUGACAUCCAGUGAGAUGCUGUGCUGCAGGCCAGGCCCGUGGUGCAGAGCCUCAGCGUGAGUCUGCGCAGGACCGCUUCAGGUGGUUUUAAAGAACGUGGAAGUCCCUUGAAGUGAGGACCUGGUUAACCGAGAAAGACAAUAGUGUGCUCAGCCGCCUGCACGAGGCUGUUCGUCUCUGAUGUGACCAGGUGUUGCCCUCACUUCAAUUAAAAGAAAGC